AUGCGUAAAACAAACUUCGGUUCAGCGUCAAGAGCUACGGUUCAACGUCAAGAGGUGCAAGAUCAAGUAGUUAACAAAGAUCAACGACAUGGCGAUGAUCAUAAAACAAAAAACAUAGCGGACCAGCAGCGAAAAGAUAUUCAAGCUCAAAUAACAGCACAACCACUUGGACAAACCAAUAUUCCGGGACAACCAAAUCAAAAAUUUCCUGUUCAAAUUCCAGCAAACAUGAAUUCAAUGCAAUUUUGUCAACAGUUUGGCGUUCCAAGUACAAAUCAAGCUUUAGACGCUAGUGCUUUUGCAGCUUUGCAAGCGCAAGCUAUCGCACAACAAGAUAUUUCACAAAUUACGUCAACACAACAACCGUUACAAAUGCCUACAAAUUUCAUUGGAGUUGCAUCGCAACAAGUACAUCAACCAGCUGCACCCGAUUUUUCAGCGCAAGUUCCGAUGCCUACUGUGAAUCCAGUAACCACUUUAUCUAACGACGUUCUGCAAGCCAAUAUGAUUGCGGCUGGCGGAGGGAGUGUACUUUUAACGCUACUGGUAGAGAUUCAGAACCAAGAGGCAUUGUACUAA